GUGUAAACCUGCAUCCAAACAUAACGAAUUCGGCAGAUUAUCAAGCAGAUCGUCCGUGAUUCAAAAAUCAAAACUGACCCCUCCCCACCACCCACUCACUCUGUCUCUCGCUCUCGGUUUUAGGGUUUUAGUGCGGAGAAGAUGAUACAGCUUCUGUUCAUGGUGAUGUUCGCCGAAAUGGCGCUGAUUCUGAUCCUACUGUUCAAGACACCGCUGAGAAAGCUCGAAAUCAUGGCCUUGGAUCGCUUGAAAAGAGGAAGAGCCCCGCUUGUAAUGAAGUCCGUCGCUGCAACCGUCUUUGUCAUCAUGGUAUACACCGUCUACACCAUCAGGGACAUCCACAGCCGUCCGUUAGAAGCUAUAACUCCCACCGAUCAGGUCCUCAUGGCCAACCACAUGCUAGAAGCCUCUCUAAUGGGAUUCUCGCUAUUCCUCUCAUUCAUGAUAGAUAAGCUACACCAUUACAUAAGGGAAUUACGCUUACUCAGGAAAACUAUGGAGGCUGCAAAGAAACAGAACCGAGGUUUUGAGGAUAGUAAGAAUGGCAGUGCAGAUGAGCUCAAAGCCGUUGGUGAGGAGAUUUCCACAUUGAAGACAAAGAUCAAGAAGCUGGAAUCUGAAUGUGAGACAAAAGACAAAGAGGUGAAGGCUGCUGAAUCCAAUUCACUGGCUUUUAAAAAUCAAUCUGCAGGAUUCCUUCUUGAAUAUGACCACUUGCUGGAGGAGAAUCAAAACCUUCGAAAUCAGUUGCAGUCAAUUGACCAGAGCCUUCCCCAUUCUGAUGGCAAAAAGAAUAUGUAA